AUGGGGGAGAGCGGCGGCGGGGCGCCUGCGGGGGUGCAGCUGCUGCUCCGCGCUUGCGAGCAGGGCGACUGCGAGAGCGCGCGGCGUCUGCUGCUGGGCCCGGCGGCGGCGGGAGGAGGCGAGGCGGGCUCGGGGGUGCCGGUGGACGGGGCGGACGAGGCGGGCAACACCGGGCUGCAGCUGGCGGCGGGCGGCGGCCACGAGGAGCUGGUGGGCUUCCUGCUGCGGAGGGGCGCCUCGGUGCAGAGCCGCAACUGCUGCGGCUGGAGCCCGCUCAUGCAAGCCGCCAGGUUUGGACAUCUCACUGUGUCCUGCAUCUUGCUGGAAAAUGGCGCUGACCUCAAUGCACAGAACAAACUGGGAGCCAGUGUGCUCACCAUGGCUUCUAGGGGGGGGCAUGUCAGUAUUGUGAAGUUGCUGCUGGAGGCUGGUGCUCACGUGGACAAUUAUGACCAUCUGAGUCUCAGCUUGGACAAGAGCAAAGAGGAGCUGCCUGCUAUCACCCCUCUCAUGGCGGCUGUGCAGCACGGGCACGAGGCGGUGGUCCAUCUGCUGCUAGAAUGGGGAGCCGACUGGAAUUAUACCGUGAAAACCAUGGGCUGGACCCCACUGAUGUUAGCAGCUGUUAGCGGGAGAGUGAGUUUGGCACAACAGCUUAUGAACAAAGGAGCCAAUCCAGAUCAGCUGAACAUAUUGCAUAAAACUCCAUACGAAAUAUCUGUUGACUUCAAACAUGAAGACAUGAAGAAUUAUCUGGCACCUCUCACAACGGUUAGACCUCAGACAGAUAAGCAGAAGAGGCAGCCUGAUAUCUUUCAUGCCCUAAAGAUGGGGAACUUUCAGCUGGUCAAAGAGAUCACAGACGAAGACUCAGCACAAAUCAACAUUGUUAAUGAUGAUGGUGCUUCCCCACUGAUGAUCGCAGCGGUCACUGGACAGUUGCCUCUCGUACAGCUACUGGUUUCCCGAAAUGCAGAAAUUGACAAGCAAGAUAAUGUCCAUGGCUGGACAGCUCUAAUGCAGGCUACAUAUCAUGGAAAUAAAGAAGUUGUUAAGUAUUUAUUAAAUCAAGGCGCUGAUGUCAAUCUUCGUGCUAAGAACGGAUACACGGCCUUUGACUUGAUAAUGCUUCUGAAUGAUCCAGAUGCAGAAGUCAUCCGGUUGUUGGCCUCAGCAUGCAUGCAGGUGGAUAAAGAGAAGAGUAAGCCAAGCAGCAAAUCAGCUGUGCUUUCCUGGAGAAACAAGCCAUCCUUCGAUGCCCCCCCAGUGGUGCCAGAUGACAAAGGAGGGCUGAAGUCAUGGUGGAACAGGAUGUCCAAUCGAUUUCGCAAGUUAAAGUUGACCCAAACUUUAAACCAUGGAUUUGCCAUAAGCCCAUCUGUGCCUUUUCCAGAAGAGUCCAAAUCACUGUUUGAUUGUACAAUGAAGGCCACCUUGCAGAGCUGUAACCCUGGAAAUCAUCACAUCACUCCAGCAUGGGCAUCCAGGCACAGCUCUAUGGGUCUAGGCACUAGAAAGGCAGAAAAUGAUUAUGAACUAUUGACCACAGUGUUAAGAAGUGGGGCUCCAUUUACAAGGUUGCCUAAUGACAAACUGAAAGCUGUGAUCCCACCUUUCUUACCUCCUUCAAGUUUUGAGCUGUGGAAUUCAGACAGGACCCAAACGAGCCAAGAUGGCGGUGGUGGACAAGGGAAGCUUGGCGUUCCGUACAGAUCCAGCAGCCACGGCUUCAAUGGCAGUGCUACUUCUGACAAAGCAGCCUUAAGCAGAGCUACUAGGCCCAUUAAACCACCAGCCUUUGCCCGAAGGCCUCCGACUCCCUCCAGCUCCAGCACUUUCAACCCUUCUCCUCAUUCUUCCGGAGGAUCCGGCAGCACAGCUGGAGUGAACAGGCACGGGGGAGAAAUGCAUAAUAAAUCAGGUGGCAAUGCAGACAGUGUUUUGUCUCAGAUUGCAGCACAGAGGAAAAAAGCAGCUGGUGUAUCGGAACAGCAGCCCGGCCAACCACAACCAGCAGCAGGAGCCACUCCUUCCCCCUCUCUUCCUGAUACAGAGAGAACUCCAGUCGUUGGUCAUGGAAACAUUCUGAAGAAAUUAGAAGUGAACAAAAAUCCUCCAUCCGAGAAUGCCUCUACUGCCAAAAGCACGUCUCCGACUCUCACGCCCUCGCAGUCACCCUCCCCACCACCCAGAGCUCACGAGGCUGAUUCCUCCCUGUCCUCCUCUCACCAGCAAGGGAAGAGCAGUGGCGGCUCCAGCAGUGGGACUCUGACAGACGAAGAUGAACUCACAGGCAUCCUGAAAAAGCUCUCCCUUGAGAAGUAUCAGCCUAUUUUUGAAGAGCAGGAGGUGGAUAUGGAAGCUUUUCUCACACUUACAGACGGUGAUUUGAAGGAACUGGGAAUUAAAACGGAUGGUUCUAGACAACAAAUUCUGGCAGCUAUUUCUGAGCUGAAUGCAGGAAAGGGACGAGAGCGAAAAAUUUUACAAGAGACUAUCCACAAUUUCCACUCUUCCUUUGAAAGCAGUGUUAGUAACACCAGCCCUGGAAAACCUCUGUCAUCAGGAUGCUGGGUAAGGGCACAGGAACCUUCUACCAAGAGGUAGCCGUAGUGCCCUCUUAUACUGAGGACUGGAGCACGGAUGACUGAAUCCACCUCUUCAGCAGCGUCUCAGUGCAGAAUGUGAAGAAGAAGACGACAUUGGAUUUAUAUUCCUCCCUCCACUCAGAGUCUCGGAGUGGCUCACAAUCUCCUUUAUUUUCCUCCACAACAGACACCCUAUGAGGUGGGUGGGGCUGAGAGGGCUCUCACAGCAGCUGCCCUUUCAAGGACAACAUCUGCCAGAGCUAUGGCUGACCCAAGGCCAUUCCAGCAGGUGCAAGUGGAAGAGUGGGGAAUCAAACUCUGUUCUCCCAGAUAAGAGUCCGUGCACUUAACCACUACACGAAACUGGCUCUCCAGAAGGGAAGAGGAUGCAAACUGCAAAGCUGACUUGGCAAUUCAUGGGGCUCUUAACCGUGCUGAAGUUAACAACAUGUCUGGGUGCUCUAAGGCUGUUGGAAGAUAGUGAAGAGGGGACUGUGCUGCAAAGAGAUGGAUGGAUGGUUUUUUAGGAAGGCAGAAAUCUCCCAGGAUGCAUGUUGCAAACACCAAGAAACAGAGCAUUGUAGGAGGAGCCUCAAAAGGAGCCUGUCUGUGGUUAAGAUGAACUGCUUAUUUCCGAGGGAGAGCUGUAUGUGUUUGUAGCAGCAAAUAAAGUGCCAGUGACCCCUUGAAGACGUACAAAAUUUAUCCCAGAAUAAACUCUCAUGAGCAGGAAGUUGCUUCCUCCAGUGCACGGUGUCCAUUUCUUUAGGCAAGCAACCAAAAGGUGGCGGGAGAAGAUUAACUUUCCUCUCUGUAACAUCACCCCCUUCUGUUUAGUACAAAAUGCAUCUGUCAAUGGAUGUGCAUUUCACACUUAUGAAGAAGUCAGUUUUGACAAAAUCUGAAAUUGGAAUGGUUUUGUGAGUCUUUACAAUGCUGCUGGACUCCUGCUUUGUUUUAAUUUAUUGUAUAUGAAUAUCAUGAUAGCGGAACACAUGAAGGAACCCACAAAUUUAAAUGAAAUGACAGUGAUAUGGUGAGGAAUUGAGUGCACUAAGGUACAGAAUGCUACUGAAUUGUGCCUAAGGCAUGUUGUACAUUAAGUGGCAAAUACAGUUUACAUUGACAAAUUUUCAAAUAAGAUUUUUCUAAUGGA